AUGGAAAGUUUGAGUGAGCUUCAGAACCCACUGCUGGCCAAGAGCAGCAAGCAUCUUCACGGUAGCUACUCCUACCAUCAGCAUCACCCUAGUCAUUGCUGCCAGGGGAAACUUUACAUCUUUCAAAACACUGGCAGUGCCAGGACUCACCAGCUGCUGGAUGCCAGUUCUCUGCAGCUGGCCGUUGAAGCAUUGUAUGGUCCCAACUUCAUCCUGGUGAAGGAUGAGACCAGUCUCAAGGCCAAGGACAACAAAGGGGAGAGCUGCGAGACGACCUUCAUGGAAAACAAAGAGGCCCCCUCUGAGGCUGCAGAUGGGCGAGAAAAACAAGGGCCAUGCCAGAUGGAGAGUGACAUCAGAAUCCAAACAGUGUCCUAUGAGGUGGAGGAGGAGGAAUUCCAGGAGUAUGAGAGUGACUCCUCGAGUGACAGCGAGAGUGAGGAUCAUUUCCUGAUGCUCCCCCCACGAGACCACCUGGGCCUGGCCAUUUUUUCAAUGCUCUGCUGCUUCUGGCCCCUGGGAAUCGCUGCCUUCUACUUCUCCCAUAGGACCAGUAAGGCUGUUUCCAAGGGGGACUUCCACAUGGCAAGUUCGGCCUCCCGGCGGGCCCUCUUCCUUGCUGCGCUCUCCAUCACCAUCGGCACAGGGGUCUAUGUUGGUGUGAUUGUAGCACUGAUUGCUUAUCUAUCCAAAAGUGGCCAUGUAUAG